AUGACUAUUGACUAUUCUCUGUUUAUGAACAUAUCUGCAUCAGUGCCAGCGAUAUGGCACUAUGCAACAGGUUCAUUUUCCUUAUUAUGUUUAUUGUUUGGUUUGUUAUCAAAUGGUUUCCUUAUAUUUAUAUUUAUUAGAGAUCCAAAUUUACGGCGACCAAGAAAUUAUUUUAUUGUCAAUCUUGCUAUUACUGAUCUUGGAUUACUUAUAUCAAAUAAUGGGUUACAUGUUAUCGCAUCAUUUAAAAAAGAGUGGAUUUUUGGACAAAUAGGUUGCAAUUUGUAUGCUGUAUGUGGUGGUGUAUUUGGCCUAGGUUCGAUUGCAACAAUGGCCGCAAUUUCAAUUACUCGUUUAUCAGCUGUAAUUAAUCCAUUUAGUUCAUUGAAAUUAAGUGGUCAAUUUACAAUAAAAUGUCUUAUAUGUAGUUGGGUGUACGGUUCAAUGUGGAUAAUGCCACCAUUAUUUGGUUGGAAUCGUUUUAUUUUUGAAGGUUUUGGUACAACAUGUACAUUCGAUUAUUUUUCUCGAAGUUUAACAGAUCGAUUAUUUAUAUUAACAUUAGUAACAGGUGGAUUUUUAAUUCCAUUAUCAGUCAUUUUAAUAUCAUAUACAUUUAUUUUAAUAAAAUUAAAUGGUCGUGGUCGUCAUUUAAUGUUUCGAAAUAGUGAUGAACAAAAUCUUCAACUACAAUCAAGACAAGUAAAUGUUUAUGAUUUUCAACAAGCUAAUUUUUUAACUGAUGUACGACGUCAAAGUGAAGCAGGAAUAAUUUACGAACCAAAUGAAGAAAAUCAAAUAGCACGACAUGCUCGUCUUACAGAAGCUCGAGCUAGACGUACAGCAUUAUCUGUAUGUGCUAUAUUUUGUACAGCAUGGGGACCUUAUGCAUUAAUGGCUGUUCUAUCACAAUUUGGCUUUGAUCAUUUCAUAAAUCCAUAUUCAACAGCAAUGCUUGGUUUACUUACGAAAACAGCAGCAUGUGUUAAUCCAUUGAUAUAUGCACUUUCGUCAUUUACUUUUCGUCAACAAAUAUGUCGUUUUGUAAAAUAUAUAUGUAUAUGCCGGCAAACACCUAUUCCUUUAUCAUAA